AUGCUUGGUGAUACUCGUGCCCGCUCCAUCCCUCCUCUACCCCCACCAGUGCCACAACCUCUCCAGCAUCCUCUCCACGAAAACCCCCCUGCCCCAAUUCCCUCACAACGAGCACGACCUACUCCCCUCGAUACAACAUGGACGGCUGUGUCGCUUCCGGAACAGCCGCCACAUCUUCCAACCGAAGCGCCACCCAUCGUAGCCCCUGCCUAUACCAACGGAGAAAGUCCGUCCGUCCGUGUAGCAUACUUACAGGCAGUCUACAACAGUAUCGUCAAGAAACAACCUGUUGACGACGUCUCUGAGAAUCUGCAAAUGACCCUGGACGCCAUCGAAGCCGAACGCGGUCAUCCCAUCUCACAUCCCAAACCUGUUCGCCACCUUGCCAGCGCCAAACGUCGACUAGGUCUUGAUCCUGAUAUAUGGAUCAUCGAGUAUGCCGCGUGUCCACGCUGCUGGAAACAUCAUACGCUGAAACAGAUGGAUGAGCUGGCCACCGCAGCCUGUAGCGUACCAGGGUGCGACGGCGUAAUCUACGAAGAAGGCACGGAUGGGAAAGGUAAAACUAAGCGUACAGCCAAGUUAAUCAUACCACAGACAUCCCUAAUCCAAUCCCUACGCCGUAUGGUUCGUCGGAAAGGCUUUCGUAAGCUUAUUCGUGACAGUCGCGGUGUCGACGGCCAGCGUAAUGAAGAUCCGAAUUUUGUGAUGGAAGAUAUGCACGAUGCGCCCCUAUGGUACGAUCUGUGGACGGGGAUCAAGCGUGAAGUGGGCAAUCUGGGUACCGUGCGCGAUGUUCCAGUCAGCACAGGCAGCGAGCGAAGGUUAACGGACCAUCGAUUCGGACUCCAUCUAACCAUUAACACCGAUUGGUUUGGAAGCCUCGAUAGCCGCCCUCAUUCAACGGGUCCAGUAUAUGUCGCGAUCAACGAUCUACCUCGCGAUCAUCGAUUUCUUCAGCGAAAUGUACACAUCCCGGUCGUUUCGCCCGGUCCUGUCGAACCAACGGGAGAGCAGAUGGUGAAUUGUAUGGAGCCCACCAUCUGUGAUGCUGCCGAACUUAAGCAGGGCAUCAAAAUGGAGAUGUACGAUGAAACUGACUCCCACAUCGUCGAGGAGACCGUGUCAGCCGACAUCAUCAUGAACGACUGUGAUACACCGGCUGCACGCAAACUUUCAGGUCUCGCCGGUCAUUCAGCGGACAAUUGUCCCUGUCCAUGGUGCAAUUGCACUCUUCUCGAGGCAAACAGACCAUCUGGCUACUGUAUCAGUGAAUUCGUCUCAAAAGAUGAUUAUGAGUUACUGAAGUACAAGUAUCGAUCCCGAGGUGCUCCGCAGAACCGUCAGGACGAGAUCGUUACUCGCCACGGUGUCCGAUGGGCGGCAUCCGACUACCUGCCUGGGUGGCGACCCGCUCGUCAGACAGCACUCGAUUUCAUGCAUGCAGUCCUACUUGGGGUCGUUGCAUUCCUAUUCACCCGUGUUCUGUUCGCGGCUCACAUGUUUUCUGGAGCUGGUGGCGCUGACUCCCCGAAAAGGCGAUUCGAGAACAUCAUCAACUCGAUACGAUGGCCAACACACAUCACUCGAUUACCGAAAAAUCUUGGGGAGAACCAGUCACUCAAGAAGGCCGACGAGUGGCGGCGGCUCCUCGUAGUCACGCCCAUCGUCCUCUGGUUUGCCUGGAAAGACGACAGCGGAGACAUCCCAGACUCCGAGCCUCCCGUUUCGUCAAACGAGAAGAUAACGACCACACACUCCCGAAACCGCAAGGCUCUUUAUAGUGUCAUUCUUCUUCUCUGUGUUGGUGUCCGUAUGCUCUCGACGAAGAAGAUCUCGAUGGCCCAGGCAAACGCAGGCCAAACAUUCCUCGCUCAUUACUGUCAACAACUACUUCUCCUCGGUGUUACACUCACCAUCAACCAUCACCUUUCCAUGCAUUUCGCCUCGAUGAUCAAGGACUUUGGACCUGUAUAUGGCUGGUGGCUCUUCGCAUUCGAGCGGUUCAACGGGAUGCUUGAAAAGGUAAAGCAUAACGGUCACGACGGUGGCCGUAUGGAGCUCAGUAUGCUUCGCUACUGGGUACAGACCCACCUUCUAUAUGAGCUUCUCCUCGAGCUACCAGAGAAUGCUUCCCCCCAAGAGCGAGCGAUGCUCGGUCGCAUUAUAAGCUCUGAAGCCUCUGGUCAGCGAGGAGGUAUGGUCACUCAGAUUGCGAUCUCUCAGGCUGAAGCAUCCCUGGAGAGAGUUUCGCUUCCCCGGCGUGUGCCAAGACCUGUCGCACUGCAAGGGAUUAUUCUUCCCGGUGCUGCUUCCGAUGGACAAGAUCUCUACUCACUUCUCCUCGAAUACGCUCGUGCUCUUUGGCCAGAUCUCAGACUCAGACGGCAGUUCGUACUCAACGAAGGGGACGGAAGACCAUUCGUGCAGGAUGAAGUCGCUUCUCGCUUACCUUACAUUCGGAAGGACGGCUUACGAUAUGGGUCUACCGCGAACACUCGAACGAAAUCAGACGUGCAUGCAUUCAUUCUGCGGGAUGGUCUUCGGGUCCCCAUUCAGAUUGAGCAUCUAUUUCUUCUCAAGAUCCCAAACAGCGUCCAUCCUCCUCAUGCUUGCGCCGUUGUUCGAAGGCUUCGAUGUGAUGUCCAGCUACCAUUCCAAGUACCUUGGUUUUUGUAUGCUUCUAUUCUCGGCAUUCACGUCUCUCACGCAAAUUCAUUCCACCCUUACGAGGUGAUCUCGGCGUCAGAUAUUGACUGUCCACUCGCACACAUCCCCAUCCCCCGCUCGCCCCGUCACGGUGAUCUAUGGAUCUCAGUCUCAUUUGACCAUGUAUGUAUCUUCACAACUUGA